AAAUUAAUUAAUUAACUUCCCAAACUUUUAAAAUUAUGUCACUUCCAUAGAGAGUACAUCCUUCUAAAUGCCGUUUAUGUUUCUUCCUCACAUUUUCUUUCCCUACCCUUCCCAUCCAAAAUACCAGGCAGCGGAAGAUCAAGAUUCUGCACUAACAGCCAAGUUAGAAUCAAGAUUUGAAUUUUUGAUAAAACCCUCACUAAUCCACACCCAUUUUCUGAAGCUGCAGAACCGUCAACAAUGCCGUCAUCGACCUUCAAUCUCACCUUCUGGGUUCUACUAGGCUUCAUCUCUUUCAUCUUCACCUCGCCUGCAAUGUUCACUACCAGUGACACGUUCUUGCCCUCUAAUACCAAUAAUAUCACACUAAUGGGCGACGCCUACUUCUCCAACUGCUCCAUCACUCUCACCCACGGCGAAAACUGCAGCACACCACCGGACGCCUCUUUUUCCGGCUUUGGGAGAGCUUUCUACGCAACCCCUAUUCGGUUUCUUGAUACUGUAACGAAUUCCGCAGUUUCUUUUUACUCGAGCUUCUCUUUCACCAUCACCCCUUCUUGUUCCUUCGGCGAUGGCCUUGCAUUGUUGAUCACCUCCGAUCCUAACUCAUUCAGCCGCUCUGGUGGAUUGAUGGGCCUCCCGAACUCUCAAGACUCUUUCUUGGCGGUGGAAUUCGACACCAGUUUCGACCCUUUUCUUGAGGACCUGAAUGAUGACCACAUUGGGGUUGAUCUCAACAGCGUCAAAUCUCUGGCCUCUGUUGACAUGGUUCCGCGAGGGGUGGAUUUGAGAAGUGAGAGAGAGAUGACUGCCUGGAUUCAAUACAUAGAUCAAGAAAGGGUGAUAAGGAUAUGGGUCGGGUAUAACUCUGAAAUCAGGCCAACAGACCCGAUUCUGGAAUGCCAGAUUGACCUUUCCCAUGAAUUCAAAGAAUACAUGCACAUCGGCUUCACCGCUUCCAACGGGAAAGGCUCAUCCGCAGUUCAUUCAAUCCAACACUGGAAAUUCAAGACCUUCGAUUUCCUCGCUUCCUCCACGUCUGAACCCAUGAACACAUUCGAUGAAUCGGAUUGCUUGAUGUGCUUCCCUCGCCUUCCAGCCUCUCAUGGUUCAAACCCACACAAGAAAAAGAAAUUCCUCAAAUCACCACUCACUUACGCAGGUUUAUCUGCUGCAGCUGUGAGUUUGGUGUCUGCUAUUGCCAUACUUGUCUGGGUCGGCCUGAAAAGGAGGAAAAGAAACAAAAGAGAAGGAACACAAGUGCAGAUGUGCAGAUUUCAGGGAAACAGAGUGCCCCAAAGAUUGUCUCUUGAAGAGAUAAAAUUAGCCACAGAAGGGUUCAAUGAGGAGAGAAUAGUUGGGGAAGGAGCAUCAGCUGUUGUGUACGAAGGAUCGAUCCCCGCUCGCGGACCUGUCGCUGUUAAAAGAUUCACCCACGGUAAUAAUAGAAUUUACCCUUCUCACAUUCCCUUCUACACAGAGUUUGCAUCAAUGGUGGGAUGCUUAAGGCACAAAAACCUGAUUCAGUUACAGGGAUGGUGUUGUGAGAGGAAUGAACUGGUUUUAGUUUACGAGUUUAUGGCUAAUGGAAGUUUAGACAAACUCUUGUUUACCAAUUCAGCUCCUGGUUUCCUCACCUGGGAGAGAAGGUUGAAUGUCAUCCAUGGGGUCGCCUCUGCUCUUGUGUAUCUUCAUGAAGAAUGUGAGAAUCAGAUCAUCCACCGGGACGUGAAAUCGUGUAAUAUAAUGCUGGAUUCCGAUUUCAAUGCCAAACUUGGGGAUUUUGGUCUGGCGGAGGUGUUUGACAAGUGCAGGGCGAGGGAUAGUACUGUUCCGGCGGGUACAAUGGGGUACAUAGCCCCGGAGUACGCCUUUUCCGGCGUCCCGACGGUGAAAACCGACGUGUACAGCUUCGGGGUGGUGGUGCUGGAGGUGGCGUCCGGGAGGCGGCCGGUGGAUGAGAAUGGGGUGGUGAUUACGGACUGGGUGUGGGAUUUGUGGGAAAAGGGUCGGGUCACGGAGGCGGCGGAUCCGAGACUGGCGGGUCGGUUUGACAGGGAGGAGAUUGACCGGGUGGUAAUGGUGGGUCUGGGGUGCGUCCACCCAGACCAUGAGAAGAGGCCGACGGCUAGGGAAGCGGCGAGGAUGCUGAAGGGGGAAGCUCCGGUCCCGAUUCUUCCGGCGAGGAAACCGACGAUCAGGAUUCAAUCUGUGUUGCCGGAAGGGUGUGCGGAGAUUAUGAAUCCUCCACCGCCGUUGGAUGAUGAUACUGAACCAUGGUCAACCCCAAAGACUCAUUUCAGCAGCCGGACCGGAAGUACGAAUCGCUUCUAAGCUAGAUCUAGAUAUAGAAAUACGUGCCAGUGAACUUCUGCCGUAGAUCAGCUCCCAGCUUAAACACAAUUACCUGUUUUUUUCAAUUCCAUACAAUUUUUUUUACUCAUAUGAAUUGAUGAUGUAUAUGAAUAUGUGAUCGAUGUGUUCAAAGUGUCUGA